GUGAAUGCGAGUCAGCCGGCGGAGCAGUCCCAGAGAGAAGGGAAGUGUGUGAGGGUGUGAGGUGCACAGUCUGUGCUUGUGCUGUGAGUGUGUGUGUGUGUGUGAGUGUGUGUGUGUAUGUGUGUGACAGGGAGAGUCAGGCAGUUGCCGUAGCUGUCGAUGUAGGAAAAGCAGGCAGUGCGGUGUUAGAAGUGAGCCCAUCCUGCUCGGCUCUGGGAGUGUGUUUGGACUAUACCACCGACAGGGACUCACCCUUUGGACUAUCCCCACCGUGCCUCCUCCUCUCGCCUUUGAAGGGAACACCUGAGUGUGUGUUUGUGUGUGUGUGUGAGGGCAGACAGCGGACUUAGCCCUGGUGAACACACCGAGCACAAGGACUCCAGUGAAUGAGGGCUCGGCCGGUGGGAAGAGGGGGACUGCUAACCAUGGACUCCCCUCUCUAGUAAACGGGGGCAGUGAGGAGGAGUGGGUUUGUCCGGUCAUCAUGUGCACACGGGCCCAUCCUGACCCUGUCCCUGAGUGCCAGCUGUUCCCUGGAGAGGUGGACGAACCUGAGGAGGAAGUGGCAGACGAGGGCAGGGAGAGGGAAUCUGACAGAGACAGCGCUGUGGAGAGCACCCAAGGGUCAGACACUUCAGAGGGGCUGGCCAGAGUAGGAGACAAGGAAGACGCAUUGGGGGAGCUCUUUUUCCCUGGCGACAAGUGCGGUCAGACCAGUAUCUCAGUGACCUCUGACCUUUCAACACGCUCCUCAGCAUCUUUGAACGAGGAGCAAUUUGAGGAUUACGGUGAAGGGGAGGAACCGGACUACAUUCCCAGCAGCCCUUGCCCCGACGACGAGACCCGUACCAACGGCUACUCUGACCUUGGCUCUUCCGUUCCGUCUAGUGCGGGCCAGACUCCUCGUAAGGUGCGUCAACAUUACACUGGUGAGCUCAUGGAUGUCUACUGUUCCCAGUGCAGCAAAAAGGUCAACCUACUAAAUGACCUGGAAGCGCGCCUCAAAAAUCUGAAGGCGAGCAGCCCCAACAGGAAAAUCUCCAGCACUGCUUUUGGAAGACAGCUGCUCCACAACAGCAACCUAAGCAGCAGUAACGGCAGUACAGAGGAUCUAUUCAGAGACAGCAUCGACUCCUGUGACAUCGACAUCAAUGAGAAGGUAAGCUUUCUGGAAAAGAAGGUGGCAGAACUGGAGAGUGAGAUUCUUACAAACGGGGAUCUCAAGUCUAAACUGAAACAGGAGAACACACAACUGGUGCACAGGGUUCAUGAGCUGGAGGAGCAGCUGAAAGACCAGGAGACUCGGGCAGAACAGAACCUACAGGAGGAACUAAGACGACACCGAGAGGCCUAUAGUAAGAUGGAGAGAGACAAGACUACACAGAUAGAGCUGUUGACCAACCGAGUGAGGCAGCUGGAGGAUGAGAACACUGAGGUGACUCUGAACAUGUGUCGACUCAAGUCACAGACAGAGAAACUAGAUGAGGAGAAGCAAAGAAUGACAGACAAGCUGGAGGACACUAGUCUGCGUCUGAAAGAUGAGAUGGACCUUUACAGGAAAAUGAUGGACAAACUGAGACAGAACAGACACCAGUUCCAAAAAGAGAAGGAAGCCAUGCAGGAGCUGAUAGAGGAUCUGCGUCGAGAGCUGGAACAUUUGCAGCUCUUCAAGCUGGAGGCAGAAAAGCCCGGUCGUGGCCGCAGCUCUUCCUCCGGCCUGGCAGACUUCAACAGCAGGACGAGGGAGGUGGAGCUGGAGCAUGAGGUCAAGAGGCUCAAGCAGCCGUUUGUGUCCCAGGACUUUCUCCCCCCUGAAUUCCAGCACCUGGUGUUGUCUGGGGCUCGGCUCCGUCCCGGUCUGAUGGAAAACCAGAAGCUUAGGGAGCAGAACGAAGAGCUGAAUGGUCAGAUCCUCAGCCUCAGUCUAUACGAGGCCAAGAACCUGUUUGCCACACAGACCAAGGCCCAGUCAUUGGCCGCCGAGAUAGACAACGCCUCCAGAGACCAGCUAAUGGAAGCCUUGAAAGAGCAGGAAGAAAUUAACUUGCGCCUGCGACAAUACAUGGACAAAAUCAUCCUUUCAAUCCUGGACCACAACCCCUCCAUCUUGGAGAUAAAGAACUAGCAGUGACUCAACUGGAAUGAGAACUGAUCCCAUCGGGGUACUGAGGAUCAUUCCAGUUGUUUGACAAGAGCCGGAAACCUGACUUUAGGAAUAUGUACAGGAAAGCAUAAAGAACCAAAGCCAGUCCUGGAAACUGGAAUAUAUAAAUGGACACGCAUCCCCCCCUGCUGUUUGUGGGGUGAAAAUAACUUCUCUCAUAGUGAAGAAGAAGAAGAAGACGAUCUUGUGCUGAUUUAAAGGGAGGUUUAUCCGCCAGUAAUUGCUCACAGACUGUCAUACUAAUGCAACUCCUUUGUGUGAUCUUUCCUCUGAUGAUCUGUUUUUACUCUCAUUACUGUCUUUACUGUGAACUGUAACUACAUCUCUGAUCUCACAUGACAAAAUGGUCACUUAUUGCCAGGAAUAUUCUGAGCUUGAAUUGAUUUAUCACACUGGACGUAUGUGUUUUGGCAUAGCAACUGGAACAAUUUAUCAAAUCUGACGUGGGUUCUACUGUAUCUCUGUGUAAUAUUAGUUGUAAUAUUCACAAACAGUUUGGUGUGAUAAAAAGAGGCAUUUUUAGGAAAAAAAUAAGGUGACAAGCAGUCUGUAAAACAGGCUUUCUAAGUGACAGACAUGAAGGCAGACAAGUUUACUUUUGCCCGAUCUGUAAACCGACAGUCUUUCGUCUACUGUCAUUUAUAUGAAUUUUAAGGAAACUGUAGAAAAUAUAUGAAAAGGCAUGUGUUAAAAGAGGACUCAGAGAAGUGGAAGAAGUGGCUGGACAAAGAAAUGAAGUAUAAUUGUUCCUUUGAGAGAAGCAGGUUUAAAGUGAAAACAGGAAGUAAAGCACUUCUUAGAGAGUGAAACGUUGGACUGCAUAGGAAAGUCAGUGUGUUUUAGUGAAGGUGGUGAGGGUUAAUUGAAGGUGAAUAUUUGUGUUAAUUCAUGAGAAUAUGUCUUCCAGAAACCUUACAAGAGAACUUGCUGUGUCAAUCAGUUCAACAGUGAAUAAUUUUUCACUAAGAUGUGGGCCUUAGUCGGAUAAGAAACAGAUGAGUAGUGUCACUUUAUGAUGCAGAAGCUGCAACCAAGGAGUGUCUUAAACUGAAACUUUUGGUAGCACAGUGUGAUCUUGAAAAAGCAUGCUGUUGCUAGCAUAAGACAGUGUUGUUGCACAGAAAUGCAUGACCUGAAUGUACACAGUGUGUUGGGAGUUAUGGUCAUUUGUGUGACUGGAAGGCAUUUUAACAUGGUUUACUAAAUUGCUCUCAUUGUCUCAGUGAAAUCAGCUCAGAUACUGUAUGUGAGCAUGCACAGAAGACUCACCUUUUGGUACAGAAAACUGGAUUAGCAAUCUCAUUGUGGCCUACAAGUCACAGAUUGUAGUAAAUGGCCAGAGGGCUCUGAAACUCUUUUAAUACUGUAAAUAAUAUGAAUGUACAACUUAAUAUUUCACUCUCAUUGUGGCCAAAAAGGCUUUCUGAGUUUAAAUCUCUGUAUUUGGGUAAGAUGUGUUGUAAUACACAGUAUUCUUUACUGUAAUGAAGACCUGGCAUUUUGUUUUCAAAGGGGAAAAUUACAAUCUGCUGUAUUAUGAGAUGAUUCUAAACUUGAGUUUUGCUUCCUUGCACAAAAAAUGUUAUGUUUCCUUCUGCAUGGUUCACCAUUUCUUCUGUCUGUGCCUUUUGAUGAUAUUUUUCACAAUGAUGUUGCUAUGGACUUACACAGUUUUUGAGGAUACUUUCAAGUCUAGGUGUGUCAUAUUUUCUUGACUUGUAAAUGUUGUAAUUAUAUAGUGAUAAUUUGUAUUCAUGUGCCACUCUCCACUCUUUUUCAGAUUGUUUCUAUGAAUAAUAUUUUAUACAGUUUAUCAAAAAACAACUUGUGAUUGCUUAAGUAACCAACUAGAAAAAUGGCAGAGCACAAUGCAUCGUUGCGGUACACAGGCCAGGCUAGCAUAUUGUCAAAAAUAAUUUUUUUAAAAGCAGCCGGGAAUGUUUUGUUGCAUUUCUUAACUUUUUGUUUAUUACAGCAAGUCCACUGUUUUUCAAUUCUCACUUCAUGUUAAACUGGCUUUUAUAUGGUUGUGAAAUGUCUUCCUAGCUUAAACUUAAUGGUGAGCAUUAUGAGCAAUAUUUAACCUAUUUAGCAGUUUCUGCAGAUUUGUGUCUUGUUUUGCUUCACAAAUCUUUUCACUCUAUAGCUGCUUGUGCCAUUUUAGAAUAAAUCAUUAACAAAACAUUAAACUGAGCUGUAAAAUUGGUCAAAAACUCAGUUUUGUAGCUUUUAAGUAAUUAUUAGGGCUAUGCACUGUGUUGUAGUCACUAUUAAUAGAACAUGGCAAUAAAAAUGGCUUUGGCAGUAA